GCUCGAGCCGCUUGGUUGUCCUGAACAAUGGCGCCAUGCGGCACUCCUGCCUCCGCUGUGAACCUGGCUGCAGCAGGAAGCCGAUCGCCAUCUGCCUCCUCGCACCGCGGCUAUUCGCAGCAGCACCAGCAGCGCGUGGCCGUGAACGCGGAAGGCCGCUUCCUGGCCCACUGGGACGAGUUUGUAGAGCACCGCAGAGAGGUCCAAGCCAAGCUGGAAGAAGCCUUCGAGAUGGCCAGCGAGCGCCGCGAAGCAGGGCUCAGACUUGCCAGGCUCUGCCAGCAACUGGACACCAAGGUGGAGAGGCUGGCGCGGCAGGCCAAGGAGCAGAGUACCCACGGGGAGGCCUUUGAGGAGCGUGUCAGCUCGCAAGCCAAGGGUGUGGAGGCGUGCAAGGAGGCUGUUGAGGUCCUCCGGGACAAGAUCCAGCGGCAAGUCCAGGACUUGAGCAGCGCCAUUGCCACAUCUCGCAGCGAGCUGUCGGAGGAUGCAGAGCGACGGCACCAUGGGCUUCAAGAGGCUAUGCGCCGGGGCGACCGGUGCCUGGCGGAGGAGUUUUUCCGGAAGCUCCAGGAGUCCAGUGAGAAGCUGUCCAGCAAUCUGCAGGUCCUGGAGGAUGCGCUGGCGACCUUCGUGAGGCAGACGCGGGUGCAGCUGGCUGACCUGACAGAUCAAGUGGAGGCAAAAAGCAAAGAGCAGCUGGCCACUCUGAAGGCUCAAGCCACUGAGUCGAGCAAAUUGGAGGCACAGCUUGCGGCCACUCAGGAGGAGACCGCUGCUCUGGCUUCCAGAGCGGACUCCACAGAAGGCGCAUGUGGUGAACAGGUUCGGCAGCUGGCCAGCCUGGAGUCUAGAUUCGCCAAGAUGCAGGAGGCCUUCGUGCGCUUUGAGGGAAAGGCCUCGGCGGCUGAGGACGCUGAGCAGAGCCGAUGUCACCAGCUGAUGGAGCAUUUGCGGGAGGCGAAGGAGCAAACCGCAUCUGCCAUGGUGAGACUACGCUCCGAGCUGACAGAGGCGAUCUCCGUGGCCAUGAGUUCUGCCAGGGAGGAAAGUAGAGAGGCGCUGCAGGGUCUACGUGCUGUUGAAAGCAGCGUGGCAGCAGAUGUUCAAGCCCUCCGCGAGGAGCUGCGGCAGAGCUUCACCAGCGCCGCAGAGCGGCAGCAGCUGCUGGUCAGCGAGCUGCGUGGCGAGCUCGCGGAUUCGAGCGAGCAGAGCCGCUCCAAUGGCCGCGAGCUGCUGGCGCUGAUUGAGGAGCUCCAGGGCCAGUGCAUGGAGUUGCGCAGUGAGGGGCGCCGAGCUGCGGAGGAUGUGGCUGCGCGCUACAGGGCGGAAACGCAGGUCCACCUGGAGGACCUGAAAGCGCAGCUGGGCGCCGUGCGAGUGGAUUUUGCGGAGGAGCGGAAACAAAGCAAAGCCUCUCGGGAUGAGCUGACAGUCUUGGAGGAAAGCUGCGGCAGCCUGCGGCGCUCUCUGCUGGAGGUUUCCUCAUCUGCGGGCAAAGCGCAGGGCAGCGCUGAUGAGGCCGCAUCGGAAUGUGCCCGCUUGCAGUCGUUUGUGGAGGGUGCGCUGACAGAGAUUCGUCGAGAUGUCCGCGCAGAGGGCCAGCAGGUGCUGACGCUGGAGCGGCAGCUGGCGGAGUGCAAGGAGGAGCUCGCGCGGCAGGUGGAUGUACGAGCGGAGGCCAUGAGGUGUAACUCUCAGCUUCAGAGAGAUGCUUCUGAGCUUGGCCGGCGGUUGGAUACUCUUGAGCACUCCCAGGAAGAGUCAGUCAGCAAAAGUCGUGACCUGCGGGAAACUUCCCGGUCUGUGAGCGAUCGAGUUGCAGAGCUGGAGGAGCGGCUUGUGCGGUCCUCGGAGCAGAGCGACCUGGCGCUGCUCAGCGUGAGGAACGAGGUGGCUCGGGUGGCGGCGGCAGCCCAGGACCUCGCCCCCGAGGUGGAGCAGGCCUGCCGCCGCCUCAUCGCAGAGGAAGCCCAGAUGCAGGCGGACAAGUGGGCGCAGACCUUCCAGUACCACAAGCAGGCGAACUGCGAUGCGCUGCAGGGCGCUGUGGCGGAGCCCCGCGCGGAGGUGCGGGCGCUGCGUCUUGCCCUUUCCGAGCAGGAGGUGGAGUCGGCCGCGCGCUUCGACCGCCUAUCCGGCGACCUGCAGCGGCAGGAUCGUGCUGCCAGCAGCCGCAUGAAGCAGGAAAUGGAAGAGAUGACAGUCGGGUUUGAAGAGCGUGUUGCAGCGGCCACUGCCUCUGUUCGUCAAGCUGUGCAAGAACAGCGUCAGGAGGUCUUUAAGCAGCUGGACCCCAUCAUGGAGAGGCUUUCCGAGGUCACUACCAGCAUACAGGCCAGUCGACGAGCGGAGGCGGAGCUGGGCGGGCACUUUGAGCGGCUGCUGGUGACUACGGAGGAGCUGUGUGCUGGGCAGGAAGCACUAUCGGCACAGGGUGCUGAUACCGCUCAGAGUCUCAACGACUUGAGAUCUGAGAUUCGCAAUGUCGGCAGCUCCCAGGAAACUGUCGUGAGGCAAGUUCAGUCUCCUCGAAGCUGGCGGAGGCAGGAGGAGUAUGCAAGCCCCCAGCUGUCAGCCAAGGAAGGGCUGAGAGGUGCUACGAACUUUGCAGAGCCAUCAAGGGAACCACUGAGGAUGCCUGAAGAGCCGGUGUCCCGAGAUGCCGCUCUCCACGCCAGGUCGUCGCAUUCUUCCCCAGAAAAGCCGACGCCGCGGGUGGAUGUUUCCAGCGCCUUCAGCCGCUUGGGCGAGCUACGAAGACGUUUGGGAUCUCCCGCACACCAGGCUCACCAGGAGGUGGUCGAGCCGGUCGCAGGUGUGCGCCUGUCCCUUGGGCCGCAACCGAGCGCGGCGCACUUGAUCUCAGCGCGAUUUGGACACCACAAAGAGUUGCCCGGCCGCUCAGGCAACACGCUAUUCUGAGAUGCUGACGGGGUCCUAGUCGGCUGCAUAGCGUUCUAGGAUCCGCUUUUCAUCGUAUCCGAGAUGGAGUUCUUGAAUUCCGGAAGCGAAAUGCACCACCGCGUUCGCACGCGAAGUGCCCAGAAAAGAUUAUGUUUUUUCGGUGGCUGUAGGCACUGCAGCCAUGUUAAUUUGAGGUGGAGUGCUGGUUCGCAGCGAGAUGCA